AAUUAACUACAUAACCAUAACAAACAACCUUGUUUCUCUUUCUUUCUCUCCAAACCUUUCCUCUCAAAGUCCAAAUCUCUUUCCCUUUUUUACGCUCAUGAACACACCACCAGAUUUCCCCGGUGGUGGCUGGCAGCCGCCUCCAUCGCCGCCCAGGAGAUCCCCUCAGCUACAAGGCCCGCGUCCGACCCCACUCAAAGUCAGCAAAGAUUCCCACAAAAUUCGGAAGCCGCCACAAUACCCCCAACCACACCCACAAGUGCGCCAUCCUCCGGCGCCGGCCGGUGACAACCAACAACGCCAUGAGCCUGUUAUAAUUUACACCGUCUCGCCCAAAGUCAUCCACGCCGAAGUAUCCGACUUCAUGUCCGUAGUCCAGCGACUCACCGGUCCUUCCCCGGUGCCGUCCCCUUCCGGUGCCGGGGAUCUAUCCCCAGCGGCAAGGCUGGCCUCAAUAGAGAAGACGAGCCCGUCAGAUAGGGAUAGAGAUAGGGAGAGGGCCGGCAUCAGCGGAGGUGGCGGCGGAGACUUAUGGGAUAUGGUAGAGGGGGUUGAAUUGGGUCAGUUUCCGGGUAUACUGUCGCCCGCACCGGCGACUUUGCAGCCGAUUUCAUCUGGAUUUUUCUCGCCGUUGACGGAUCUUUCAUUUUUAAAUGAUCUGAGUCCAUUUUGGCAUAAUAGUAACAGCUUCAUGCCCAGUCCUUCAGGCUUGCUUUCGGCUCCAUUGAUUUCCCCAAGUCCAUCGUCGUCGGACAUCUUCCCCAAUUUGUUUGACUUUUAAACCUCAGCUGGUAAAGAUUUUUGUGUUUGACUGACUUUUAUAUUUUAUAUUUUUUAUUUUAUUUUUUAUUUCUAGUGUAGUUAUAUAUUUUUAAAUAUAUAUAUUUUUUAAGAAGUAAUUUUUGUUUUGCCGGUAUAUUUGACCGGCUUCUUUAGAUGAGUGUAGUUUUUAGAAGUAGGAAAAAGAAAAAAAGAAGGGACAAAAGAGUGACAUUGGGAAAAUUCAAAAGAGAUGCACUUGUAAUUGUAGUUGUCAUUUGUUACAAUGUAGUUGGAAGUUGCAUACCAAGUGGGUAACUUCGGCCUUUUGUUUUGGGUACUCACCUUUGUAAUUUUUGUAGCUUAUUUCUUUGGGAAUCUUAUCAGCUUGUUCAGAAUUUUUUGGAGUAAUCUAUAAAAGAUACUUUUUUGGUG